GUAAUAGGCUACCCGUGUACAGCUAACAGAUAUUACAGGACGUUUAUUCGGUACUGCAUGUAUACCUGACUACUGACACCAUGGACAGACUAGUUCUCUCAGCCACGCUUCUCCUGUUGUUAGUAGAGGUUAGCACAGCUGCCUAUUGCCAUGGCAAGCCCGAGCCCCGUACAUCAGGGAAUAACAACCCCAUCCAGCAGAACUCUCCCAGGUUUGUGCGCAGUGUGCAGAACGGCAAGCUGUACACGGUGGGGGAGGGCGACGACACCAUACAGGUCGUACAUCUGUGGGGCACCCCUGCAGAGAUGGGCCAGGCUCACGGACAGCUGGUGAAGGAACGAGCCCAGGGGAUGAUGGACAGAAUGUGGGAGUACCUGGAGAAACAAGUGACUGAUGCUAUCAACGGCACCCUACCUGGGUUUUUCCAGCAGUGGUUUUUGGAUGACGUCGCCAACCUUGGACUCGAGGUUGCUUUAGACAUGGAAGUCUUGGCUACUGAAAAGUUCUCAGGUGGAUACUUUCUAGAGGAAAUCCAGGGCAUGGCGGCAGCUGCCGGGGUGGAUUAUAAGAAAGUACUGCGGAUUCACAUGAUAGGAGAACUCACGAAAGGUUCCUGUUCCAUGUUCGGUGCCUGGGGAAAGGCGCUGUUCCCGUACGGGACCAUGUUACCUGCCACACAGCUUCUGCAGCUCCGAGCACUGGACUGGAUCACAGACGGACCACUGCAGGACUUCCCUCAGAUCACGGUAUACCACCCCGAGGGGGAAGGGAACGGGCACGCCUUCGCUAACGUCGGCUGGUCGGGUUGGAUCGGCUCCAUCACCGGCAUGUCAGAGAAGCAGAUGGCGAUUUCUGAGAUCGGUGUGUCCUACCCUGACGACUCGUUUGGGGCGGAGUCCAGGUUUGGGGUGCCAUUCACGUACUUGUUGAGAGACAUCCUCCAGUUUGAUGAAACCAUAGAUGACAGCAUCAACCGCAUCGCGAACUCCGCACGGACCUGUGACCUCAUCUUCGGGGUUGGCGACGGCAAGCUGAACGAGUUCCGUGGUGUGCAAUACUCAGCCUCUGUUGCUAACUUCUUCGACGACCAGAACCUGAAGCCAGCAGCAGACUGGCACCCGCUGAUCAAGGAUGUGGUUUACUUUGGUAUGGACUGGCUGUGCCCAGGAUACAGUGAGGUCUUGGCUAAGCAGCUCAACACCUUACAUGGCAACCUGACGGCACAGGCUGCAAUUAGAGCCGUCAUGCCGUAUGUGCAAACAGGCAGCCUGCACAUCGCCGUGUACGAUCUGACCAAUCAGCUGAUGUUCGUGGCCAAUGCACGAGGUACUGGGGAGUCAGGACCGGACAAUGCGUAUGACAGGCCAUUCGUCCGACUGGACAUGAGGUCGCUGUUUGCGGAACAGAGGCCGUCCUAGAGGGAAUGAGGCGGUCUUGGUUUCAUACAGGCAGUCAAACCGUCAAACAGACGAACAACUGCAACGAACAGCCAUAUGAACAUUGCUGGGCUAGUGCAACCAGAAUGAAUCAUGCAGUAAUUUAAAAGUAAAACUAUAGGCCUAGCCUGCACCUGUACGUGAACUACUUGUUAAAAAUACAAUAUAUUUCGUAUACUGGUACCUAUGAUAUGGAGUGAAAUAGAAAUAGACGAUCUUCAUCUAUUUUGUUUAAUGGUAAAGUUUGAUUCAAAUAAACAAACACACAAUGACAGAAGCAUGUUUUAAUUGAUGACAACAGACUGUACUUCCCUCAAUGUCACCAACACUGCAGGCUCCUUUACUCCAGCACAUAUAUUUCUACUUGGAACUUAAGCAAGUUACGAAGGAAAAUUAUUGCGUAGCUGAUAUGCAAUCAAAAUAUUCAGAUAGCUCCCCAAUCAUACUCUAUACAUUUCUCGAAUCAAAACACACUAUUAAGACCGGGAAUUUAUGCCUGGAAACUUCUAUGGUGUCAAAAACAAAGUCAAAUUCUGAGUUCCCCCAGUAGGGGGAUUAUUCCAAUUUUGGCGUCGCCUAAUAGUGAAGUAUGUAAUCAGUCUGCACAAAUUCUACGAGUUUCAUUCGGAUGUGCGAGUAAUAUCUCACAGUCUAUGAUAUGACAUCAAGUUAUAUUGAAUGCACAUUUCUGUUUCAACAGAA